UUCAAAGGGGCAUACUAGGUUAUAUCCUCAGCCGUUUGUCUGCAGCUGUCCAGUUGCAGAACAUAGUGAUCACAACUUCAUUUAACUUACAGGGGGUAUUUGGUUCAAGCUUGCCCAGUAUAUUUGCCUUUUUCUGUAGUUGAAUGCUUUAAUGUUGAGUUUUGCGCUCAAUUGAUCUUAACCCUUUAUUUUGAAUUUUGACCUACCUUCCAAUAAUCUUUUUAUUAUUUACUAGCCCUUAUAUCUCCAAAUUUAACAGGUUAUUGUUUUUGAAUAGGAAACUAUUAAUGGGAUACAAAAGUGACCUGAAGUUUGACCUACCGGUACAUAUUUUCAAACAAGAAAUGCACUUUUCUGAUUUUCCAGGCCUUUUGUCUUUUUUUUUUGGUUAAAUUUGGUAUUGUUUUUUAAUACAGACAGUGGUUAUAGCACUUUUUACCAUUCAGCAUUCUGUUUAGAAGAUUGCUGCUGUCCACAUGUAUGUACAACACGAGAAUCUUUGUAGUGCUCUUGUGAUACAAAAUUGUAAUGUUUAGGAUGGUCCUGCUUCCUCUGUGGUGAUGUACAACAGUAUUAUAACAUAAAAUAUACAAGGGUUUUUCACACUACAAUACUUAUUGGAAAAUAUAUCCUGUUUUUUUAUAUAUGCCUCCUCUCCCUCUUUCUCCACUCCUUUUUCCAUAUUACUUUCACCCAGGUGCUAAUCAGCUAUGUUAUUCUCUACCUGUUGGGGCAUUUCCUCCUCAGAGAUUUAUUGAUUGGUUAUUAAUGUGUUGAUACAUGGGCUCGCAGUACCUUAAACUACAGCCCAGUUAACACAAAGCCUGACCUGAUUAAGCUCUGCCUACCUGCUGCAACAAAGACCUGCGAAGGAUGCAAUAUGAUAUUUAGAUGAAAGGGCGUGAACAUGCAUGAGUGGGUUCAAUACAAAAGGCAUUUCCAAUUCAUUACCCUACACGUUCUGGGCGCUGGUGCAUACACAUGGGUGAGAUUAUCUGUUAUUUGUAACAUAUUUAUCUUUGUCUGCUGCAGAGGAGGGUGACAACUAUAGAAAGGUGGGUCUCAGCCGUUGGUUACCUAAAUAUCUAUAAUCUUUGACACCCGACAUGAAGGAAAGUGUGCCACAAUAAAAUUGCACAACCCUACAAGGAAGUGCCAAGAAAGGACUGACUCAGCAAGUAGGUUAAUAUUUGAGAUAGGGGAGGAAUUUUAGUGCAUUUGUACAUUGAGGUUUUAUUUUAGGAAUUACUUCCAGAAUGGUGCAUAUCUAUAGCUACUUGUACAGAUAACAGAUACAGGGACAUCAGUAGUCUGGACAUUGCUGUUGGUGCUUGCUGCAAAGAUGGCUGUUAUACUGGCUAAUACCACAUUAGUGAAUAGCGCUUCUGUGACCCCAUCAAAAGUGGAAGUGACAACAUAUACCGUAGGUUCAUCUGGAUCAAACAGACAGACAGAAAUGAUUAAAAAAUAUGACUUAACCACUGCAACAACCUCAUCAAAUACUCCAGCACUUGUCCACCAAGGCGACCAAAUUGCUAUUAUUUCAUCUGCUGUAAUUGGUGCAGUGGUGUUGAUUGCCAUAGUUGUCGUGGUCGCUGUUGGUUUGUGGUUACACCGACGUUUGAAAAAGCUUGAACAGCAGCAGCAGCAGCAGAACAGGCAGCACAAUGGGACCCUAGAAAUGCAGCUGUCACCUGAUGGGUACUCCACUGGGGAUUCAAGGUGCACUGAGAUAAUCAAAGUAAAGAGUGACCAAGUGGAAUCCAACACCUCUACACCCCAGGAUACCAUUCAAGAUGACUUAGCCACCCAGUCACAGGGCCAAGCACAGGGUUCUCCUGCUGAUGAUUUACAAGAUGAAGACAAUGUCACCAUAAGGUCUAAGAAGGUCAUGAGGCAAGGAGGAAAAAGUUUUACGGCAUAUUUUGGUCACAGCCGCACCAGUAUAUUUGGGGACAUUGGUGAUUUCUCACAGCUGUUUCCUUUAUGCCAAGACUACUUCAGUGAAAAUGAUGCCACUAAAGGCAUAAAGUCAUAUCAGGAAAAAAAUGUUGGUCGUGGCAGUGACCAUGAUGAGGUUGUUUAUGACAGAUCUAAGAUGUAUCAGGUACCAGGAACCAAUUCAGUUACAGAAGUUCCAAUUGAAGAAAUUUUCAUUCAGCAUGAAACACAGCAGAUUAAAACAAAUUAUGACAACAGUUCCUUUGUAGAUGAUGAAGGUAAAAUGGCAGCAAAAGCACAACGGCCAAUGUCUAUGGAUUUUGCUUUGAAACUUGAAGAUCCUGAAUUUGAUGUGGACUCUCAAAUUGACUCUAGCAAAAAGUCCUUCAUGGCGUCUUUUGAUCACAGACAAGGGAUGUUUGCAAAAAAAUCUAUUGGAAGGCAAGGAGGGGAGAUAACACUGCAUGAAGUUAAGUUGACUAUCCCACCAAAUGCUUUAGAGGAGACUAAAGACAUUAGUGUUGGGAUCAUAUGGAACAAAACACAUAUGCCAAAACUGACUAAAAAGCAGGCUUUGUUGAGCCCCGUGGUUGUGUGUGAACCCCAUGGCAUACGGUUUACCAAGCCAGUGACACUAUCCAUUCCUCAUUGUGCCAUAGAUGUACGCUCUGCAUGGAACAUCCAACCAAUGAUGAGCCCAACGUCUGUUUUUCAGGGUGUUCAGUGGGCUCCCAUGACCAUAGCUGAUUAUGAUUCCAGGCUUAUAUUGUCCAGGAGUGUUAGCAUUGAGCUCAGGCAUUUCACCCUGUACACAGUCAUUGGGGAGUCUGCUGAGAAUGUCAUGGCUGCAAAGAGUGUGAGACUGGUGGCGUUUGCCCCUCCACUUGAAGUUGACAUGAUGUUCAAAAUUAGAGUAUAUUGCAUCAACAAUUACAAGGAGGAAAUGAAGAUGGUGAGAGAUGUUGAGGGGCAACUCGGAGGGAAAAGACUUGAUGCCCCUAUGCCCAUGUUCAUUCAUGACAACGGCCAAGAUGUCUGUCUUGAAAUGUUAAAAAUGUCUGAGGGCUGGAAAAUUAUCAGUGACACAAUCCAGAAAUUUUCAUUUGAGCAUGUGUGGCACUCGCUCUCACCUUGCUGCAUGUUUGUCCUAAAGCAGAAUGCUGAUGCCGUUUCUAUGAUUCUUUGUGAAAUACUUUCCUAUCAAGAAGGAAAUGAUAAACAAAAACAGAAACUGACCAUUGCAGAAGAGCUCAAGCUAGUGAAGGAUGAAUUAGAGCUUGAUACAGCCGAUUUAACCUCCACUUCAUUGAAGACUUACUCAGUUUUCCCACAUGCUCUUCGUUCCAAGCUGGUCAUUGCUCUUGACCCGUCCACUCCCCUUGGCCAAGACUGGCAUAUGGUAGCCAGUAGAAUGGGCUUAGACUAUCCCACCAUUGUCUGGCUGGAGUCCAGAAUUGGGGUGUCCAGUCCCACGGGUCAGAUCCUACGCAUGUGGGAGAAACAGAACAAAACUCUCCAAGAAUUCCACAGACUCAUGAUAGAGCUAGAGAGACUUGAUGUGGCUGCAGAGGUUGAAAAGUAUUUGGUUUUAAAAGAGAGCCCUAGUUAAUAAAACAUGAUUGUACAAACUUGGACCAUAUUAGCACAAAAAGGGUUCAAAGGCAAUGACAAACUAAAAAAAAAUAUUUCCAAUCCCUGGAAAAAUUGUUACCUAGCGAAUAUGAACUUCAUACAAUAUGGAGAAAUAAUUUAUCAUUACAAUACAUUUUAAAAUGGAAUAUGGUAAUUUAACAAAUUUAAAUAUUUUGUAAGGUGAUCAAUUUUAACUGCCAUUUAUUAAGUUUCUGACAUUUUGGAUUGCAAAAAAAAAAGUGUUUUUGUUCUGAUACAUAAAUCCCAUUUCUUUAAAUUUGAUGCCUUUAGAAAGAUUAUCUGUGAUAUAAAUAGAUUUAUUCAAAAGUGAUGAUUUUAUAUGAUCAUAUUAUUCUUAUUAUUCUUAAUUACUUAUCAUUGAAAAUGUGCUACUUUUUAGUUUAGGUAGGAAUUAUCAUUGAAAAAUCUAUAUGUUAUAUAUCACACAAGUGCAGAUGGGAGUUGUUUAUUUAAGAAAAGAUCUUUUUAUGAUUUUUAUGAUUAUACUUUUUAUGAUGAAGAAUGAAUAAUUUAAGUGACACGUGUCAUAAAGAUAUCCUUCAAUAUACUAGUACUUAUGAAAAAAAGCACUCAAAUCCCAGUGUCUGCUUAAGACAAAAUAUACAAACUGUUUAACUUAAAUUUUACACUUUAAAUAUA